AUGAUCCCACACAUUUCCCUCUCUUCCUACCCGCCUCCUUGCUCCCCGAACGACGCCUCUCUCGCCUACCAUCAUCAUCAUCAUCACCACCACCACACUCACAGUCAGACCGACACCAUGUCGACCUCGUCGUCAAACUCGUCAGUCAGCGAAAAGGACGUGGCUGCCGACCCCACCCUCCAGCCCAGGCCCCGUCUCGGCAGCAGAAAGUCGAGCGGCACCAUCAUAAUACCCCGCGACAGCCCAAAUGUCGAAAUGAAGGAAGAGGAGGAAGAGUAUGAUGACGGCGAUGCGCGCACAAUGAGUCCCCGUCGCAGCAGCGAGGAAAUUGAAAAAAUGGGUCAGGAUGCUCGACAGGCCCUCAUAGAACAAGCAAAAGCCCUGCAAGCUAGUCUCAUGGAAAUUGUCGACCGCGUUGAAGUUGUCAAGAGCGAACACGAAAAGCUCGAGGGCGGCAACAAGUUCCUGCAAUCAUAUAUUGGCGAACUCAUGCAAACAAGCAAGCUCACCUCCGCCGGCGCUGGAAAGGCCACAAAGGUCAAGGGCAAGGGCAAGCCCAUCAAAUAA